UGAAAAAUGGUGUGGAGUUAAAGUGUUGAGAAUGAAAGAAAGAAAGAAAGAAAGAAAUUAUGAUGAGUGGUGAGGGUUGGGAGAAAGGGUCCCAUCACUUGAUUUGUAAGCCAAAUUACUAACAUGGGAUGUCCCUAAUUACACCAAAUUAUUCACCUGUACUCUGCAAUCUCUCUCUCUCUCAUCCUCACAAACAUACAUGUUCGGUCCAAUUCAGUAAUUAUUUCAUUUUAAAAAUCUCACCGUGUCUCACUUACAACACAUACAAUACAACUCUGCGAUCUAAUCACACACACUUUCAUUAUCAUUCCAUUUAACAGAACAGAAAAAGCAACCAUCCUAAUAAUACCACCAAGUUCACACGGAAACAAAUAAAAUAAAAAAACGUUAAUUUAAAAAGAAACCGAAAAAAAACAUCGAAAUUCGAAACACCCAAAAUAAGACUUUGUCUUUUUAUUAUUUUUCUUCUUCUUCAUAUAGUAACGCACUUGGCACAUUACAUAACCUUAAAGUACUCUGUACUCUCUCUCUCUCUCUCUCUCUCUCUCUCUCUCUCUCACUCUCUCUCUCAUUGUCAUAUCUUUGCUAGGUCCAUCAAACAGGCAGUGAUUCCCCCAGCUUCCACAUCAAAUGAACCCAUAAUCAUUAUCAUCAUCACACGCCCCUUCUCUUCUCUUCUUCCUUCUUUCUCUCUCUAUUUACAGCAGCUCUCAAUGUCGAUAAACCACUACUCACCAGAAGCCAGACUAUACUGGACCGACCAACAACAAGCCUCAACGUGGCUCGGAAACUCUCACACUCCUCGUUUCAACCUGAAUGACAACCAGGAGGAGGUGGACGAGGAGGACGAGGAGGUGAUGGAGAAAGCUACUGCUGCUGGUGCUGGUGGGGAGGCGGCGGCGGAAGAGGAGGAGAAGGAAGCGAUGUUCGAGAAGCCGCUGACGCCGAGCGACGUGGGAAAGCUGAACCGGUUGGUGAUCCCAAAACAACACGCGGAGAAGCACUUCCCGCUGGAGUCGUCGUCAUCGUCGUCGUGCGGUGACAGCGCGAAGGGCGUGUUACUGAGUUUCGAGGACGAGUCCGGGAAGUGCUGGCGUUUCCGUUACUCUUAUUGGAACAGUAGCCAGAGUUACGUUUUGACCAAAGGAUGGAGCCGUUACGUGAAGGACAAACGCCUCCACGCUGGCGACGUUGUUUUCUUCCACAGACACCGUACCCAUCCUCAACGCUUCUUCAUCAACUCCUCCCGCCGCCAAGCCAACCCCCCCGCUCACGUUACCACCACCGCAACACCCUCCUUCUACUCUGCGCACCCUUAUCCUGCGCAUCAGCUCCCUUUCCCAUACCAACCUCAGUCCCUUCAUGCACCACCAGGUGGAGGGUCCCAAGGACAGAACCAAACGACACCGGGAGGGAACAGUUCAGGUGGCAGGGUGCUGAGGCUGUUUGGGGUGAACAUGGAAUGCCAACCUGAUAAGGAUUCCCAAAACUCCACGCCACUAUCCUCUUACACUCUCUCCUCAACAACAACAACAACACUUUCCCACCACCACCUCUUACACCCUCAUACUACUACCCCUUUUUCUUCUUCUUCCUCCUCCUCCAACCCUCACCAUCACCACAUGCUACGUCAACAACCGUAAUAAUACAAUUACAAUCACCUUUAAUUCUCUCUCUCUCUCUCUCUCUCUCUCUCUCUCUCUGCCCUUAAUUACUUUUAGUCAAUCAUCCUGCCAUUAACAUCAACCCCUCUUUAUUCUAAGUAUAUUUAGGUUGACGUUCAAGAUUGUAGACGAUCUUUCUUGUCUUGAAUUAGGGAGAUGCAUGCAAAUGGAAAUGCCUUUGUAUUCGUUUUACCGGAUCUUCUUGUUCCCUCUCACUCCAGCAUAUUUAUUUUAUUAUAAACCAAGCUGUGAAUGCCAGAUGGAUCGUCCAACAUCUUUUCCAUCAACUUUCCCUCUUAUUAUUAUAUAUACUAUAUACAUUCGCACAC